GCCUGGAUAAAACGGGACCCCCUCCCCCUCUUUCUCCUCUUUGAUUUCUCAGGCGUCGGCGGUUAAUCAGAGAGGCGUGGAUGUGUUUACAAGAUGUGACUUGUGUUCUUUCCACCGUUACCUUCUGAGGGCUCUUACGCCUCAUGGUGACAGGUGGAUAUCGUGACACAGAAAAGCAGUAUGAAGCCAGUGAAGAAAAACAAAGCGGAAGACCCUGAAUUGGAGCCCCUGUGCUGCUGCGAGUACAUAGAUCAGAAUGGGCAGAAGAACCACGUGGCCGCCUGUUUGUGUGAUUGCCAAGAUCUGGACGAAGGCUGUGAUAGAUGGAUUACGUGUAAAUCUGUGCAGCCAGAGACUUGUGAAAGAAUCAUGGCUACCAUCUCUGAUCGCCUCCGAGUUCCUUGGCUUAGGGGAGCAAAAAAAGUUAACAUUAGCAUCAUCCCCCCGCUCAUCCUCCUGCCCGUCCUUCUCUGUGUGGCUUCCUGGCACUUCCUCCUGGGGGUGGUGGUGUUGACUUCCCUCCCUGUGCUGGCUCUGUGGUACUACUACCUCACUCACAGAAGGAAAGAACAGACUCUGUUUUUCCUGAGCCUCGGACUGUUCUCUCUGGGCUACAUGUACUAUGUGUUCCUGCAAGAAGUGGUCCCCAAAGGGCGUGUGAGGCCCACUCAGCUGGGUCUUCUUACCUGCGGGUUAUUGCUGAUACUCUUAGCCUUGUACAGAGCCAAGAAGAAUCCAGGCUACCUCAGACGUCCAGCAAGCAAUGACAGAUCUCUAAGCAGCAGCCAGAUGGAGUGCCUGAACACAAAAGGGCAGGAGAAGACCAAAGGGUCCCCUGGGCCAGAGUCGUCGGGCGGUCUCAACAACCGCACGCCCAAGGAUGACCUUAAGGGCUCUUCCCGGAUGUUGGCAGGAAGCCCCACCAAGGUGAAGGAAGACUGGUGUGCCAAGUGCCAGCUGGUGCGGCCAGCCCGGGCGUGGCAUUGCCGGAUCUGUGGCAUCUGUGUGAGGAGAAUGGAUCAUCAUUGCGUCUGGAUAAAUAGCUGUGUCGGCGAAUCAAAUCAUCAAGCAUUUAUACUUGCUCUUUUGGUCUUCUUGCUCACCUCGGUGUACGGGAUAACGCUGACACUGGACACCAUUUGUAGAGACAGAAGUGUCUUCACAGCUCUCUUCUAUUGUCCUGGAGUUUAUGCAAAUCACAGUUCGGCUCUGUCCUUCACCUGCGUGUGGUACUCUGUGAUCAUCACUGCGGGCAUGGCCUACAUCUUCCUGAUCCAGCUGAUAAACAUCAGUUACAAUGUGACCGAGAGGGAAGUCCAGCAGGCCCUUCGACAGAAGACGGGGCGCCGGCUCCUCUGUGGGCUCAUCGUGGACACAGGCCAGUACAAUAGGGGCUUUCUGCGGAACUGGCUCCAGUUCUCCACCCUGGGCACUCACCCGUUCCAUCACCCUGCUGAGGACAUUGUCUGAAGUGCCUUCUGCGCGGCCCUGAGGGGUAGCCCUCCCUCUGCUCCCUCCCGCUGUACACUUCAGUGUCCACGCAGGAUGUCGUUUGUAUCCCGUUUCUUAAAGGCAUUAUAGGGCCAUGCUCAGGGUUGGAGACUGGACUGGGGAGAAGUUAAUAUUUCUGAUUUCACAACUUAAGAGAUUUUUAUAUCGAAGCAGUACAAGGAGAGCCAUUCUUUUCCAGUCACCUUGUUAACUCAGUCACCUGAAGCUGGAAAGGAUGUGGAUUGCUAAUGCACA